AUGGCAUUCAAGACAUUAAUAAACAAGGAAUGGGAAUGGAAACAUGAAAACUGUGAGGAAGAACCCAAAGAAAAAGAAAGAAUCUCGCUCCAUUGGAGUGCUGCAAGGGAAGACACCGACCGGUCGGACAGAAACAGACAUUCCUGCAAGAAAACAAGAGAAGAGAAACACACCACCGAAUGA